GCCUCCACAUAUUUCGCGACAUUUCGAGAAGGCUCUCCGCCACUCGUCUGCGUCCAGCUCUCCUCCUUUCUUCGACUGCUCCUCAGAUUUCUCGCCCGUUUUCCACCUCCAAACUAUCAGCGUCUAUAAAAGAUCCUUUUGAUUCCAACCUCUUUUAUCGCGAGAUUCGAGAUCGAUACCUUCUUCCUUUUCCCUGAGAGAAAGAAAUCAUGGCAGGCGACGGGCUGAAGUGGGAUGGAUUGCUUAAAUGGAGCCUUUCCCAUUCUGAUGGGACUGCCCCUCCUCGGAAUUUGAGCGAGGAGGAUCGGAGAUGGUUUAUGGAAGCCAUGCAAGCGCAGACUGUUGACGUAAUUAGGAGAAUGAAGGAGAUCACCCUCGUUAUGCGAACUCCAGAGGAUGUUUUGGAAGCUCAAGGCGUCACCUCAGAAGAUAUUGAAGAUAUGUUGGAUGAGCUACAAGAACAUGUUGAAUCUAUUGACAUGGCCAAUGACUUGCACUCCAUUGGUGGCUUAGUUCCUCUGCUUGGCUAUCUUAAAAAUUCCAAUGCUGGUAUUCGAGCAAAGGCUGCUGAAGUUGUGACUACCAUUGUGCAAAACAAUCCUAGGAGUCAACAACUUGUGAUGGAAGCUAGUGGACUAGAACCUCUCCUGGCAAAUUUCACUUCGGAUCCUGAUGUAACUGUCCGCACAAAAGCUCUUGGUGCAAUAUCCUCUUUGAUACGGAACAAUAAGCUGGGAAUUGCUGCAUUUCGUCUUGCAAACGGUUAUGCCGGACUUAGAGAUGCAUUGAGUUCGGAAAGUGUUAGAUUUCAGAGGAAGGCUCUCAACCUGAUUCAGUACCUAUUACGAGAAAACAACUCGGAUUGCAGUGUGGUCACGGAGCUCGGGUUUCCAAAGCUGAUGGUGCAUCUGGCCUCGAGCGAUGAUUCAGACGUGCGAGAAGCUGCUCUAGGGGGUCUUCUAGAGCUUGCUCAGGACAGGACAUCAGGAAACAGCAGCGUCUUAACUGAAGAAGAUAAGUUGCGACAAGUCCUGCAGCGUCGCAUCGAGGGUAUAAGCUCGAUGUCCUCUGACGAUCUCGGAGCUGCCAGGGAGGAGAGGCAGCUUGUGGACUCCCUGUGGAGCGCAUGUUACAACGAGCCAUCCUCACUUCGAGAAAUGGGUCUCGCAGUGCUUCCGGGAGAGGAAGCACCCCAACAACCACCUGAUGUUGCUGGAAAAAUUUUUGAGCCCCCACUUCGAGCUUGGGCAGCGAGACCUGCGACCGAGGGCACGAGGAGUCCGGCUGGUGGAAGAAAGAAAGAAAGCCCUUUGCUGUUGGGCCUUGGGCCUGCAGGUGGGACCUCCAAUUCCCAGGAUAUGAAUCCCAGCUCAGGUGGUGAAAGGAUGGGUCCUUAGCGGUUGCCGCAAUUUUGUAAGAGCAGUCCGGUUGUCUUUGGUACUUCGGUAGUUUAUGUUUAUCUAUGGUAGUGAUCUGGUAUAUGGUGGUGUUAUCCGCAUGGAGGCAAUAACAUGGUUUAACGAAAGUAUUCACUCCUUUAAAAAAAAAGAAAAAGAAACCUUUUCUUAAAGCAGUCUCAUCUGGGAAGCGGAGGAGGAAUAAAAUAUUCUCAGCUCGUUCCUCGCCUUCUUCCACCCUUUUUGGUGGGUGGGGCUGUGACUCGACGAAUUUAGAAUCCAGAGGGAAGCUGCCAGAAAGUGCCGCAGAUGGUAUUAAAUAUUCUUAAAGAAAAGCACUGCAAGUCUCGUCAUUUCUGAUGGCGGUCCUGGACUGCAGGUACCGGUGCAUGGCCGGCCGGCCCUACCUUAUUCUCUUCAGAGUGCAAGUGUUGAGUUAAUGAUUGGCUUGCAUUGCUUUUUGGACUAUUGGUUUUAGACUGCUGAUCACCCCUGUGCCCAGCUGUCAGCGACUGGUUCAUAAGAGAUAAGGCCUAUCUUUUCCAUUGAUUCAAUCAAAUGGAGCUGCCUGCACGGCGUCGGGAGUCGAUGUUGUCCGCAAUCAGGCUCUCUCUCUUGCUGAUUUUAGCUGAUAGAUGGCCUGGUUAAAUGACAUGCUCCAAUGUGUGAUACGACUAUGACUGCAUUUUAGAAACAAUAUCUUGGGGUCACCCCUAAUAUUCAAAAAUCAUAAAAAUCUAUU